CCUGAAAGUACUGAGCGUACAGUACUACCUCGCACGUACUUUUUCAAUUCUACUGCCAUCGAGAAAUGAACAUCGAACCGAUGAACGAACUGUUUGCGACCGAAGUUCAAAUGAUUACACGGAUUGAUAAUGGCAUUGACCGAAGAAGUAGCCUUUCUCACCGAAGCGGAAGCGAAUCUCAAAGCUGCCGAAGAUGCAAAGGUACCUUUGUUCAAGUUUAUUCUUACGGGUGGCCCAUGCGGUGGGAAGACAACAGCAAUCGCUAGGCUCUCAUACUUUCUGAAAGAGCGUGGCUUCGAGGUCAUCGCUUGUGCUGAGGUCUAUACUAUAUUAGCUAGCAAUGGGAUGUCUUUCGAUUUCUAUUCAACUGAAGGGAUGGAUACCGUUAUUCAAAACGCAGUUUUGGACAUCCAACUGAGUCUCGAAGAUAGUCUUGAACGUGUGUUGAAGGCAAGUACCGCAAAAUGGAGAUGGCAAUAUAAUUUAAGCCCAUGCGUCCUUGACGAGUCCCCACUUAUUUUCUAAUCUUCGGAUCACUUGUUUUCUGUGCAAAUCACAGGCCAGGGGAAAGCCUGCAGUACUAUUAUGCGAUCGAGGCCCCAUGGAUGGUAAAGCUUAUUUAUCGGACGAAAAAUGGAAAAAGAUUUUGGAUGAAAGAGGUGUUACCGAAGCGGACCUGAGAGAUACACGGUAAGUUCAAUUGGGAUAGCUCUAGCAACUUGACAUUGAUUGUAGUUGCACCCUGCUCACAUUACUUCUUGUUUAGGUACAAUGCUGUCUUUCACAUGGUGACGGCAGCAGACGGGGCAUCAUCAUUCUACACAUUAGAGAACAACCAAGAUCGUUCUGAAACACCCGAACAAGCACUUGACCUUGACAGACGCAGCCAGAAAUGUUGGCUAGGUCAUCCACACAUGUAAAUAUUCCUCAAAUGUAGUUUUUUAUUUUUUGUUGCAUCCUUUUUGAACUUCGCCGAAACUGAUCAUUCAGAAGCUCACAUGCAAUUCCAAAUUUGAAUACACCUUUUUUACCAAUAGGUAUGUCCUUGAUAAUUCUACUGACUUUGAAUCAAAACUCCAGCGCCUCGUAAACAUCGUUUGCCAACUUGUUGGCUUACCUACCAAUUUAUCGAGGCGAUCCACGAAAUACCUUCUUCAAAAACGGCCAAAUGGAACUUCUUUUCCAAAAGACGUCGACUUCCAUCGUUUUGAAGUAGAAAAAGUAAGCACCAUCGCGUCCCUCAAGAGCAAAGACAGAGCUUACUAUGUAUAUACUCACAUGGAGAACUCACACUAAACUUUCCUUCAUAAUUACUUUUACGCGAGGUGUAUCUCGUGGUCCAAAAUGCUGCCGAUAGUGGAGCCUAUAGUUUUAUUAGGAAGAGAACGACAAUCGGCGAAGGCGGGAAAAAACAGGGCAGCGUGUAUCAAUUGACAGAUGUCGCAAAGAAGGACGGGCAAGUGUUUGAAACGAAGAGAAUUAUUUCAGCGAGGGAAUACAAUGCGUCUUACAAAUCUCGUGAUCCGUCUCGCCACAUCGUCAGACAAGAGCGAAUUAGUUUCCUUUACAAAACGCAGUCUUUUACGAUUCAUAAUUACGAACAACCUUCACCAGGGCUAUGCAUUCUGCAUGCACAGGUUGAAAGCAAGGACAACGAGACUCCGAUUGUGGAUCUGCCAGAUUUUCUUGAAAUUGACCGACUCCUUGAAAAAAGUGACGAGGACACGUACGGAGCCUACUCUCUUUCCGUUAUUCGUGACGAAACAAAAUACAACUAACUGAUAAUGGUUCUAGCUACUGAAAAGAAAUUCGCUAAAAGGAUUAAUACCAUAAGCUUUUUUAAGUAAUGUAGUAGACGGGAUUGAUGAAAUUGUCCAUGCGUGAGUUAUACCAACAAAACUUGAUAUCUAGUCCGAGUUGUAAAACAAUAAUUGGUGCAGUCAGCCUCCUUCUGAGUAUUAAAGUGCAUCAUUCUCGUGAUGUUUAAUGUUUAGCCCAAGCCUUGGAAGCGUAGCGCAAUCCACAAUAUUUGCAUCUUUCGACAACACCAGGGCGUUCCAGACUAAUGUACUCCAAAGGGUGUCCAAGGGCCCCUCCACCACCAUCACAGAUUGCCAUUUCACCCUCAACUUCUAUGAUAGGAACCUGCUGGACAAGUUCAAGCGCAUUGGAACGGUGUUUUCCGAGUUUGUACUCGGAUUCGUGAUUUGUACGGGUGUGCAACCUCAUUUCUUCGGAUGUUUUGUCUGCAGUUUUUGGGUCAAUAUUGUAUGGCGUCCUAGGGGGAACCGAUGGAGGGGGACCCGUCGCCAAACUACGAAGCGGCAUAACGCGGAGCGAAAGAGAAGCAAGUCGAACGUUUACGAGCUUGACUUCUCUGCUGAUGGUGCGGCCUAGCAUAUUGUCUGUCAACUAUCUGUCGUUCUUUGAUGAAAAGGUAGAGAAGCAAUCAAGAUGAGCAACUUGGAUUUAUGUAUCGCCGGUACAAGGUCCUACCGGUACAGUACAUUCGUUGAUGUUAUGUUGCCAGUUUUUUGGUCUGAUUUUUCAGAAGUUUCGUGCUUGUAUCGAUUUCAUGCAGUAAGCAGUUCAAGUCCUUUUUUUUCGUAUGGUAGUACGUACAAACGGUACGACUACGCUGGUGCUGCAGGCGAGUAACGAACAGAAUGGUACAAGUACAUUUUGAUGACAUGCAUGCUGGGCCCUCCGGAACCCAAGCGCGCAUCCCACCUUUGAAAUCCAACAUUUGGGGGGGCAUGAUUUUCGUGGGUUAUUUUUCAAAUGAAAUAACCCAAGUUUUCGGGGGUUAUUUUUCCCAUGGAAUAAACCACCAUUCUAAAACCCGGAUUGUUUUUCACCAAGAAUAACCCAUGUUUUGAAACGCGGGUUCCUGGUGGGUUAAUCCAUGAAUAACCUACAAAAUAACCCACAAGUAAUCCAUGAGUUUCUGUGAGAACCCAUGAAUAGUAACCCACAAAUCUGCUGGGCCUAUUUUUAAAGACCAAAAUCAGUGAUUAAUUAACAUUAAUGACUAAAAUGCUUAAGAACAUCCUUGGUUUUCCACUAACCCAAAUGAAUGUAAAUUUAUAGUAGGUUAUUCAUGCUGGUGGGUUAUUUGUGGGUUAUUCAUGCUGGGUUCUUUGAUUCUUUUGUGGGUUAUUAACCCACCACAAUUCUAAAACAUGAUGGGUUAUUUUUACAAAAAAUAUCUCAUGUUUUCCUAGGGGAGGAAUUUGCUACUGUUGGCUAAUAUUGCAAGCUACUGGUUCUGGCCAAUCAUGCCUCUACAAUUAGCUCCUAAUACUAUGUUUUUUAGGAAUCCAAAACAUCAUUGUCCCUCUUUCUUGCCACUUUUCAUACUGCAAAAUCUCUUUCUCCCUUUGUCAUUCUUGCCACUGCUGAACUCAACUUUUCUUUUCCUUUAGUCAGAUGAGCCAAAUGACAAUAAGAAGUUGUGCCAUAUAUGAUGCCAAAUAUCUCACCAUGAGUGAAAGUGAAUAUGCUGUCUCUCAUCAAGUUGUCCCUCUGAUUUUACUUCAGUUUGGUAUGAAGGGGAUCAUAUUUGUAGCCAGUUUCUUCCUUGAAGCCAAAGAAUGAAAACUCUGGUUUUCGUGAGAAGCUUGAAUUUUGGUUUAAAUCGAAGUUUUACGGCAACGCGGGUUGGAUGUGUAAUGUGAGAUGGUCGCGUUGUGGGAAUAAGGGAGAUAUGGUUAGUACGCGCAUAAGUGUGCGCAUGGGAUCUGUUUUUAACUCGUUGUGGGAGUCAAAAAAAUGGAAGCGGGUUUGUUGUCGCCAAAUAAGUUUCUUUGAUUGAAAAUUUCAAAAGAUUUUGAAAGUUUUGAGUUGCGAAACAGCGGUAUUUGGGCGGCGACAAUGACGAUCCUUUCAAAGUUGUCGUUGAGUAACGAUUCAUUGUCGUAACUGCGUGAUGAUAAGUUCAAAGACGAUGGCGGUGACAAUGCAUAUGGGUUAUCAAAGAUGAUGGCAGUGACAAUGCAUAUGCGUUGUCGAUGUGUUGUUCAAAGGGGUGUGUUGACGCGGUGUUGGUAGAGUCGUGUAGUGAGGAGAGAUCACGCCUAAAAAUUAUCACCAUGGUGGUGAUGAAUUUUAUUGGAAGGGUGUCAUAACCUGUGGGAGUGACUGUCCAAAAAGUGAUGUAAAGUGUGUGCUAGAAGAAAAGUGAGUUGAUGUUCUUAUUGAGGAUCGACAAACUAUGAAAUCUAGAAUCGAUCACUGUGAGGAUCGAGUGAUGUGUGAAUCAAAUGAGUCGAGUCACUCACGCAAGUGAAUGAAAUGAGUCAUAUCAAUCAUAUGAAUCCAGUGGGAUUGAGUGAAUCAUAUAUGUAUGGUGUGUAUGAAACAUAGAUACGUAUUAUAUGUAUGUGUUGUAGAUAUGAGUCACACACACGGUCUGAUAUCCUACAGACAGCAAUCUGCAAGUCUCCAUGAUCUGUAGUACAAUAGAUGUAGUAUUGAGGCUUUGCCUCAUAACCAAAAUGCACCCCUGAUACUUAUAUGAGUGCACCUCAUUCAAACCCCACUUUCUGUAGGAUUUGAGUGCAAGUCACAAAUGAACAGCAAAAGACCCCCAAGCAAUCCUCUCCUGCUGGUGCUCUAGGAUAUAGUAAAUUUUGCAGGCUUUGUCUCCUUCUUGGUUCCAAAUUCUUUCUGUUACUUGCCACACAAACCAGAUUGCUGGGCAUUAUUUGCAUUUUGCGCAGUUGUAACCCUCAAAUUUUCUGGUCCUUUGCCAUUUUGAUGGACACUCCAUAUUUGUAUUUUUCCAGCAAUCACCCUUGUAUUGCUUCAGGGGAAGAUUCAUCCACAACAAAUAAUAUGCUACAACUUAAUAGGCGUGUACCAAAGUAAAACUCUAAGUGUUUCAAAUUUCCUAGUAAUCUAUCUAAUUCUUUGUUAAUGAGUCAAGUGGUCAAUAUACCAUAUGCACACAAUCAAGUAAUCUGUUUUUGCAAUCCAAUUACCUUUCUGUGUGGUCCAUAGUAAGAAGGUAUUGUAUAGCCCUUUUGAUGACUUGGUCCUCGUCACCUGGAGCACUAUCUGUAUGCUGAGUGGUACUUGCAGAAUAAAAAUCUCUUUUUUGCUUCUUGGAUAAACGCCUUUAGGAUUCCAUAAACUCCUCCCAAAUCAUUGUUUCAUUCUGUCUUUUUGGCUUGGAAUUCAUGUUGUGAUUUUUCCUUGCCAGCCUUUUUGUUCUGGAAUAAGGAGCAUAUUCCUCCUCCCAAUACCAGGGACUGUGUCUUUCAAAUUUGUUCAUGUGUAGGCACUCUUUUCCUGUCAUGACUCUUCACAAACAAAAAUCAGUCAACACCUUACCUCAGCAAGGGUGGGGUGGCAACCAGACCAUCCCAAAUGGGUAGAUUGUUUAAUCAACUUCCUAACCAAAGGAGACAGUGAGUUCCAUUUCUUCCUUGGAUAUAUGCAAUCUGUUGUGUCCAACUUUGUCUGACAUCUGUGCUUGAUCUUGGGCCUAUACCAACAUUGUUGUAAAACUCAUUGUUUUCUGAAGUGGUCAACAAUGGAUAACCACACAAUAGGUAGCAACUUAUUAUGCCCAAGGCCUAGACAUAAACGUCUUCUCCUGUGUGGCCAUUGAUGUUUAUGGAGUCUGUCACAUAUUCCACUGCCUUUUGCCAUGCCAGAUUGGCCUCGACUCUACUUUGUCAAAAUGUCCCAUCUUGCUGUUCAGUUGCAUCCUUACCAUCUCUGUGAGGUUAGACCUGUCCAAUAUUUCUAGAACUUUGCCACUGUGUUUCCAACACUGUGUAUCAUUGCUCAUCAUUUCAAAAUGGUAAGAGUAUGGAUCAAAGCCAGUCAUUUCUGAGAUGUAGAAGCUGUUGCUGGUAUCUGACCUUCUCUUGUGUGCACUCUGUUCUUGCAGCUUCCCUUCCAACCUUCUCUUCUUUGAACAAUCAAUCCUACUAGUAGUGCACAGCAAUGAAAUAUUAUGUGAAUUGGGUUUAGCAGAAUUGUUUUGGUGUAUAUAGAUUGUUUGUCAUCAAAAUAAUGUUGGCAACAGCACGAGGGAAUAGGAUUAAUUUGUUUGAAUACUUUGAGCAUUGAUCAGGAAUGUAUUGGUAUGAUGUUAUUCUUGAUGCUGCGAGCAGAAAAACUGAUGAGGAUGAAAAACUGUAAGAACCCCAGAAUAGAGCAUGAAAUUGGUACUGAGAAAUGAGUGGUGUGAGAACAUGUUCCAGGGAAAGGGGCCCUGAAUUUUGCAUGAAAGCAUUGAAAAAUGCGAGAUUUUGUUUUUGUCCAUGCGCACUAUCAAAUCAGUUUGUGUGACGCUAGUAACCAAAAUGCACCCCUGACACUUCUAUAAGUGCACCUCAUUCAAGCCCCACUAUCCAUACCAUUUGAGCCCAAAUGAUGUCACAAAUAAGCAGCAAAAGAACCCCCAAGCAACCCUCUCCUGCUUGGUGUGCUGCUCUAGUACUGCUAGCAGUACUAGUUUGACGAGAGGGAAUCGAUUCUGGAGAGGGUCAAUAUUUAAUGAGGCUAUAAAAAAUAUAAUGAAAGUUGUUUUGCCAGCAUCAAUUCAAUUCAGAUUCAAUCAUGAUAAAAAAGAAUUUUCUAGGAGGAAUAUUUUAUGUCAGUCAAUUGAUCUUGAAUUAUUCCCUGUCAUUUUUAGUUCCACAUGUUACUGUAAUGGACCUCUUAUUUACAGUAUUCACUUGAUGGGAUGAUGGAAAAUGGGACACAUGUCCUUCUUUGUAGAGCAUUCAAUAGUGAAGUACAACGGCCAAAGUCUCCAAUCCAUUGGAACAAGUCAGUUCUCGAAAUAAAUUGAGUUGGACUGAGUGCUGCAUAUUCCGUUCUGAACAUUCUGAUCGAUUGGUGUUGGACGAGUACGGUGCAUAUUGGUGGUAUGAUUAACAACUGAGUAAUUUCUAGAUCAUUUUUAGUAUUGGCUUGGGCUUGAAAUUCCAAUGCUUCAUCUUCCCGGUGCAGUUACAGCUCCUUGCUUUGCUGCAUAAUACUUUUUCCGUAUUGGCUUUACCAAGACCUCUAGCGGCUCUAUUUCUCUUUCUGGCAAGAGACCAAACUCCGUACAAAAGUACAUGAAAUGCUUGAAGCAUGAGUUUAGGUGGGGCGCCAUAUCUAAUGCCUCCAAUGUACCAAAGAAACUAGAGUAUAUAAUGCCGUACACUCGAAACAAUCGUCGAAAAAUUUGACCGCAAAGUGCUGCGAACUGCGGCGUCUGGAAUACCCUUAAGGCUUCCGUUUCGUCGUCAUCGUCUGGGAAUUUAGUUUCGUCAUUGAUUUGAUCCGCAAUCCAACCCAAAACUUUUUCGAUAUAAACAGGUGCAGAUACUGACAUGGCUUCUCCCGAAUUGCCAUCUGACCAUCGAUACUCGACACCGGAAGGGAAACCUUCUCCUGGCCGAAACGAGUUUAGGUAGGGAUCAGAAGACAUGACUGCCCAUAUCGUGCUAACAUCGUUGUAGAAGUCGAUGGCAUGCACCGCAACCCAUGCUGCACAGGACUCUCCUUGCGGCAAUGCAACCUUGCACCAGUGUUGAUGAAGUCAUUUGAAGAAAAAUGAAUGGGAAGCGUGAGAUUAUAAAUUGAGAACGGAAAC